GAGGACAUUCACAAAAUAUAAGUGCUUCUGACGUCAAACCAAUGGAGCCGCCUGGUGCUAGUUAGAAAGCAUUUAUACUUAAGCCAGUUAAGCGAUUUUGGAGCACAAAAACUAAACAAAUAAUUAAAAAUUUGGUUGAUAACAACUUCUAAUUCAAUUUUUUUGUUAAUGUUUUCCAUAAAGAAGAUACUAAAAAAUGGAAUUAAUAUUAGGAUUGAGUCUAUAAGUGCUAUCGAUAUUCUCAGAUUUCUUGGGGAUAAUCGCAAUUCUCCAUGAUAGUGUAUCGCCGGUACUACCUGCGCUUGUUUUGGUUUGUUUAUUUUGUUUCUCUUAACAAAGCAACUUUUUUUUGUGGUUCGUGUUUGUGCAGGAAGUAAGAACCGUCCAAUACACGUUCCAAACCGGUCAUUUGUUUUGUUUUUUUUUUGUGGCCGAGAUAUUUUAAUAUUGCCAUUUUGAAGGUUACAAAUAUAAGAAAUAUGAAACAAACAACUUUUACGAUCAAUUUAUUUCGCUCAAUAAUCGUAAUAUAACGAUAUUUCCAGAAACGAUGUGUUGUUUUACUAGUGCAGUAGAAAAUGCAAGGCGAUCAAAGCCGAUCGAGUGGUAGUUUUAUCCGUGGGAAAAAAGCAACUUUUUUUUAGUGAAUGCGAUUAGCGGUUUGUGAUCUUCCGUAACAGGGGAAGGCUACUAUCGUGCCAGAUCAAUACCAAGAUAUGCUUCAUGCUUGUCUGGGGCCGAUAGAUAAUAGAAGGUUAGGCUUAUCAACUAUCUCACGAAACGAUCGCAGUGGAUGGAAUGCCGGUAAUUUUCCGCUGCUAGUUUUGUGGUGUGAUUUUAUUUUCUCAAGCUGUUUGAUUAACGUGAAGUGCAGAGCAAACUUUGCCGUUGUUGUAAAAAUUAUUAAGUAGAGUUUUAAACAAAAAUAAUGUACUAAAAAAAGCUUUGUGGAUAUUUUUUAUUUUUACACAAAUAUGGUGUCGUUCUCGUUAAAGUUCCAACGAGAAACUUUCAUCUUGAAACAACCCUUAAAGAAGACAAAUCAUAAAGCGGAUAAAACCAAUCACACAAACGCCGUUGUGCGUUGGUAUUGGUGAAGGUACACCUCUAUAAAAUAGUGUGAUUCAGCGGGAUUUUGAACGAGAGAGAAAAAAAAUGGCCGCCCGGGAUUUAAGCUUCCGAUCGAACGAUCUGUUCAUCCACAACCGUUUUCACUGCCAUUGCGGAUGGCCAGAAAUCGAGCAGCGCAGACGCAACAUUUGAUGAAGCAAGCUUGAUAAAAAAGCGUGUGUAAACGUGUGACGUACUUACGUCAGCUUGUGCUCACCGGCCAUCACAUGGGUUGUGAUUGACUUGAAAAUCAAUGUAAUUUUGUUCUACCAAACCUGCCAGUUAUUUGCUUGUUUGUUUCAACGUGAAUUGGGACGCGAAAUUAAAAACCGACAUUUUCCGAACGAUUGUAUGUGCGUCAUUCUUAAUCCGUUCGAAAUCAAACAGAUCCCGGGUGUGCUUGUCCAGCUGUGAAAAAAUUGUUUUGUUAGCGUGUUAGCAUGUUUCACGGUGACAACAGCUCCGACUGCCGGCUGGUAAGGAUGAAGACCCAGAUCCAUACGAUCAGUGCGCCGAACGACGGUUCGUACGACAACGAAGCGCUCAGCUGCUCGACGAUCGACAUAUCGACGCACAAUGGCGAACCACACGGUGGUUUACGCGGUUCUAACGAAUUCAUCCUUUCCGAUACUGGGAAAAAAGUUACGAGCGAUGAUCAAACGGGACAAGUUAAUCUAUGGCUUCAACGUAAGGCUAAAAGUGCGUUUUCGGAAAAGAUGAUCAAAAAACGAUUGCCCAUUCUACGGUGGCUUCCACAGUACAACUCCACGGAUGCGAUUGGGGAUUUAGUGGCGGGAAUAACCGUCGGUCUGACGGUAAUACCACAAGCGCUUGCUUAUGCCGGUAUUGCUGGGGUUCCCGCAGCGUACGGACUUUAUGGAUCGUUUCUCGGCUGUAUCGUGUAUAUUGUGUUUGGUAGCUGCAAGGAUGUACCGAUGGGACCGACUGCCAUUGCCUCACUGCUUACCUUCCAAACGGCCGGUGGUAACAUCGGAAAAGCCAUACUGCUCUGCUUCCUUUCGGGCGUGAUCGAACUGAUGAUGGGAAUACUGGGGCUUGGAUUUUUGGUUGACUUUGUGUCCGGACCGGUUUCGUCCGGAUUUACCUCGGCUGUUUCGUUGAUUAUAGUCACGUCCCAGGUGAAGGAUGUGCUAGGUAUUACGGCCAAAGGGACGACGUUUAUUGAGAUUUGGCGCAAUAUCUUCAACGACAUUCAUAACGUGCAGGUGUGGGACACGUUUCUUGGGCUGACCUGCAUCGCGGUGCUGCUGAUCAUGAGAAUCAUUGCCGGCCUCAAAGUUGGACCAGCGGAUGAUGAGCUGAAAUCAAAGAACCAUCGGAUCAUUAACAAGAUGAUGUGGUUAAUUGGAACGUCCAGAAAUGCAAUUCUCGUCGUAGUUUGCGGUGCCAUUGGCUACACUUUCCAAUCAUCUGCAGUGGCGCCAUUCAAACUGAUAGGUGACAUCCCGCCGGGUUUGCCAUCGUUUAAGGCUCCACCGUUUUCGCUCACAGCAAACGAAACCCUGAGUGGCAAUGAAGAAUCGUUCAUGGAUAUGGUUUCCAGCCUUGGUUCGGGGCUGAUUGUUGUUCCGCUGAUUGCACUGAUGGAGAACAUUGCAAUCUGCAAAGCGUUCUCAAAUGGAAAGCCUGUAGAUGCGACACAGGAACUGAUUGCCAUCGGUCUUGCCAAUAUAGCCAACUCUUUCGUGCAAGGAUUCCCCGGAACGGGUUCGCUGAGUCGUAGUGCGGUCAACAAUGCUUCCGGUGUGCGUACACCGCUGGGCAAUAUUUACACUAUGGGACUGGUAGUGUUGUCGCUGCUCUUCUUUACGCCAUACUUUUCGUACAUUCCGAAGGCAUCGUUAGCUGCCGUUAUUAUUGCGGCCGUUGUAUUUAUGGUGGAGGUAAAGGUAGUGAAACCCAUGUGGAGGACCAAAAAGAGUGAUUUAAUUCCCGGUCUGGGUACGUUCAUCGCUUGUUUGGCACUACCACUGGAGAUGGGCAUCUUGUUCGGGGUAGGACUGAAUGUCGUAUUUAUUCUAUACCAUGCUGCCCGACCAAAGAUUUCCGUUGAACGAUUAACGAGUCCUGGCGGUGCAGAAUACUUGAUCAUUACCCCCGAUCGGUGUUUGAUCUUCCCAUCAGUUGACUAUGUACGCAAUCUGGUGACAAAGCAAUCUAUUCGCCAGUCACUGCCGGUAGUAAUUGACUGUUCGCACGUGUACGGUGCCGACUAUACUGCCGCUACCGUGAUCGAUAGUAUAACGCAAGAUUUUGCGAGACGUGAUCAGCCAUUGUUUUUCUACAACCUGAAACCGAGUGUUUGUGCAAUUUUCGAAGGAUUGUCUCCGGCAGAUUUUGUUGUAUACUAUCGGGAGGAACAUCUGGAUGAUCUGCUAAAGCAGCGUGCCUAUAAACCAAAGGAAGUGAUUAGUGCCUAAUAUCGUGCUUACACGACAUGGGAAAGACAGCGAGAUGAGAGAGAGAGAGAGAGAGAGAGAGAGAGAGAGAGAGAGAGAGAGAGAGAGAGAGAGAGAGAGAGAGAGAGAGAGAGGGAGAGAGAUCCAUUAUUGUCAACAAUUGCGAACAGUAUUAAGCAACAUGAAACAAUAAGCAAGUGCCAGAGUACCAGACGAUCGCUGCGUCUUACCAUUCCCAACCAUUCCUAAACCACAAACCGUAUUGCUAUUCCGUUGGGAUAUUAAGAAAUGUUUGGCAAACGAAUUAAUUCAUAGGGGGUCAAAAAGGUUGUUCAAUCUUGCCAAAUGUUACGAGAAGUGGUCUUAAUUUUUCAAGUUUUUGAUAAUAUUCAACGAAUGCAUAGAUGCUACGAUGUAGGUAUUAUUUAAGAAACGAAUCAGCAAACGAAAGCCGAUACAGAAAAAAAAGUUAUUUUAUUAAUACUAUCACGGAAAUGUUCCAAGAUUGGUUAGAGUUUAACUGUAAGGGCACACAUGUUUUAAUAUGGCCUAACAACAUUAAAACCAUUAGCGUCCAAUGUAUAAACGUACUUUAGCGAUGACUUAAAGUACCUUACACCACGAAUCUGAAAGUUACUAAAUUAAUGAAAAAUGUA